UGACGCCGGUGGGGCCGCGCGGGUCACGAGGGCCACCGAGGCCGGGGCGGCAGGGGCGACAUGGCCUCGGAGCGGGCGGUGCGCGCCCGGCUGCAGCGCGCGGGCCAGGAGCACCUCCUGCGGUUCUGCGCGGAGCUGGAGCCCGGGCCGCGCGCCGCGCUGCUGGCCGAGCUGGCGCCGCUGGAGCCCGAGGCGCUGCGCGAGCACUGCCUGCGCGCGGCCGCCGCCUGUGCGCGCCCCCCGGGGCCCCCGCCCGACCUGGCCGCGCGCCUGCGGCCCCUGCCCCGCGAGCGUUUGGGCAGCGCCGUCCGGAGCGACCCCGAGACGCGGCGGCUCUGGGAGGAGGAAGGUUUGCGCCAGAUCGCCCUGAACAAGGUGGCGGUGCUGCUGCUGGCUGGCGGGCAGGGCACUCGCCUGGGCGUGACCUACCCCAAGGGCUUGUACCAGGUGGGACUGCCCAGCGAGAAGACCCUGUACCAGCUGCAGGCGGAGCGGAUCCGGCGGGUGGAGCAGCUGGCUGGCAGGCGCCACGGGACCCGCUGCACGGUGCCCUGGUACAUCAUGACGAGCGAGUUCACGCUGGGGCCCACGGCCGAGUUCUUCAGGGAACGUGGCUUCUUCCACCUGGACCCCGGCAACGUGGUCAUGUUUGAGCAGCGCAUGCUGCCCGCCGUGACCUUCGAUGGCAGGGCCAUCCUGGAGCGGAAAGACAAGGUUGCCAUGGCCCCAGACGGCAAUGGAGGCCUGUACCGUGCGCUGGCCGACCACGGGAUCUUGGAGGACAUGGAGCGCCGGGGCGUGGAGUUCGUGCACGUGUACUGUGUGGACAACAUCCUUGUGCGGCUGGCCGACCCCGUCUUCAUCGGCUUCUGUGUGCUGCAGGGCGCGGACUGUGGCGCCAAGGUGGUGGAGAAGGCGUGCCCCGCGGAGCCGGUGGGCGUGGUGUGCCUGGUGGACGGCGCCCCCCAGGUGGUGGAGUACAGCGAGAUCAGCCCCGAGACCGCCAGCCUCCGCGCGCCCGGCGGGGGCCUGCUCUACAGCGCGGGCAACAUCUGCAACCACUUCUUCACGCGGAGCUUCCUCCAGGCGGUCACCAGGGAGUUCGAGCCCUUGCUGCAGCCGCACGUGGCUGUGAAGAAGGUCCCGUACGUGGACGAGGAGGGGAACCCGGUGAGGCCGCUCACCCCGAACGGGAUCAAGAUGGAGAAGUUCGUGUUCGACGUGUUCCCGUUCGCUGAGAACUUCGUGGCCUUCGAGGUGCUGCGGGAGGAGGAGUUCUCCCCUCUGAAGAACGCUGACUCGGCCGACAGGGACAACCCCACCACGGCCCGGCGGGCCCUGCUCGCCCAGCACCUCCGCUGGGCCCUGCAGGCAGGGGCCCGCUUCGUGGACGCUCACGGGGCCCCGCUCCCGGAGCUGGCCAGCCCGCCCAGCGGUGGAGAGCCUCCGGCCGUCUGCGAGAUCUCGCCGUUGGUGUCCUACUCUGGAGAGGGUCUGGAGGUGCACCUGCGAGGCCGGGAGUUCCAGUCCCCACUCAUCCUGGACGAGCACCGGGUCGGGGCAUCGCAGCCGUGACGCUCGGCCCCGCCAGCCCCUGGGGUCCGCAGGCGGGUGGGUGCGGCCCUGGCCCGGGGCUCUGGGCAGGAGCGCAGGCAGGAAGAGCCCUGGCUUACUCCGCGAGGGUGGGACCGGUUGCCAUGGACACAAGUGACCACAGGCCUCCUGUGGGCUCCAGUCUUGGGCGUGGGGUCCAGGUGGGAGGCAGAGGGACUCUGGACCUUGGACGGUGGGGCUGAGGGGUGUGUGGCAUCACUGAGGACAGCAGACCCUGCCUGGGAGUGAGGCGGGACAGUGGCCUCUCUGGGGAGCCCCAGCCACACCCGGCUUUUCUACAGAUGAACAGACCCAACGAGAGGAGGGCCGCUGCCCCCUUCCUGGCAGCUGAACCAGUAAUGGGUGCGGCUGGGGGUGCACAGCCCAGCCUGCCGGCCGAGGCCGACAGCAGAGAAACCUGACUCAUCACCAUGAAGGGCUGGCGGCACCGGGGACCCAAUUCUCUCCAUUCCCUCCGAGGCCGUGGCCCUCUGUCACGUCUGUGGCCGGUUUGAGCUGCUGAGGGUUAGGUACUGCCUCCAAGAACCUGUGGGACCAGUACCCCGGCCUCCUGUGGUGGUCAUUGAUCUGGAAUUUAACCAGAUGGGGCGCCAUCCCUCACCCAGUCGGCCAGCGGCUUCUGAUCUUGGUGCUCACACUCCUCCCCUGCUCUAUGGAGGGGCCUGGGUGCAGCCUCCAUACUCGGGGCCACGGCACCCUCCCCGCAUCCCCACAGCCUGGCUGAGGCUGGGGGGAGCCAGCUGGUCCUGGCUCUGCUGCUCUGGGCCCCAGCGUCUCCUUCCCCUCUGGACUCGGCACAGGGGCAUCUACCUCCCCGCUGACGUGAAGAGCAGCCGCAGCUAAGCCCGGUCCCCUGCCCUCCCUCCACAGCCCCUUACAAGCCUGCAGGGAAUGCCGGGGUUCCCCAGGGUGAGGGUGCUGUCAGGACGGGGGGAUCAGGUGCAGCUGAUUUCUCCAGGGGCUUGGCGUGGACGGUGGCUUCUCUCUGCAUCGCCACCUGGGCACCAUGGCGGAGUCAGGGCCAUGCCCAGGUCUUCCAGUCUCUUGCAAACCUCAAAACCAAACCGUGUGCCUUAGGAUCCUCUUCUCAGCGGCUCCACAGGCAAGUGGGGGCCGAGGGCACAGGGUCCACCAGGCGGAGGCCCGGGUCCGGGGUCCUGCCCAGAGCGGCUCACGACCAGAACUGGAGCCGGGAACACAGCACAAUCUCUCUGAUGAGUAACGUUUUCUGGGCAAACCAUUGAAACAGCUCACGUAAAAACACACAUGUUUUCAGAUAAAGUUUCAGAGAGCAGAGGGCCCAGGUGCCCUUCACCGCGUUCCCCACAUUUGUAGCUUCAGUGGCUCCAGGACGCCACCACCCAGUACUCCUGCUCAGGCACUUCUCACCGAUGUGCCUCCCUGUGUCCCCUCUGUAUUCUGGAAGCUGGGUGGUGCCGUCACCACAAAGAUCUUCCUGCCUUUAUCUCUAACCCCAGACAACUGCUAAUGAAACAGCUGUGUU